UUACCGCCCCAUAACUCGGCUGCAGCCUGAGGAGAGCCAGACACUCUCAGGCCCCGAAUAUAGAAAAAAUAUUGGAAAAAUCGGAAAAAAAUCACAAACGGACGCAUCGAAGUGGAGAAAAAGGCGACGAGGAGCGGCGGCGAGGAUCGAGUCUCCCACGGAGGGAUUCUGGUCCGGGUCCGGGAUGGAAGGUUACCGGGGCUCCAUGUGAAAUUGACUAAUGCGGUGCUGGAAACUUUUUGGACAGUAAAGAUGCAGAGCAGUAUUUGCCACUCACCACCAACCAUAGCUGUUGGAACUGGGUGAGGGGAGUGAAGGAGAGGAGCGACAAGAGACAGAGGAAGGAUUUUAACAAACAGGUUUCAGCUCAUCUCGAUGUUUCCGUUGGAUCAUUGGCAACUCCAGUGAGCUGUCCUUCGUUUUCAACAACUCCUUCCCACGUUGAGCCUGCGAGGCAGGGGAGCCGCAAGUGAGUUUUCAUGGCAGCGGCACUCUAGGGCUGCCAUGGCAGCUGCUGCCGCCGAUGCCUCACACCGUAUUACCGCACUGACGCCGGAGGAAGAGGGACGACGGACUGCCACCAAGCUGUUUGGGAGCGCCGCCCCACGGACAGAGAGAGAGAGAGAGCGAGACAGGGGGAAAGAGAGAGAGAGGGAAAGGGAAGAGGAAGGAGGAGACGUAGGGAGGUCGAGUGGUAACGAGUGCUUGGUGUGCGGGGCUCUGUUCGCCUCCCAGGACAAACUCCGGCUCCACGCCUUGAGUCACACAGGAGAGAAACCCUUCCACUGCUCACAGCCACACUGUCCCAAGGCCUUCAGCUCUAAAUACAAACUCUUCAGGCAUAUGGCCACACACUCUCCACAGAAGACCCAUCAGUGCUCGUUCUGUGAGAAAAUGUUCCACCGCAAAGAUCACCUAAAGAACCACCUGCAGACCCAUGACCCCAACAAGGAGGCCUUCAAGUGCGAGGAGUGCGGGAAGCACUACAACACCAAGCUGGGAUACAAGCGCCAUGUGGCCAUGCACUCGGCCACAGCGGGCGAUCUGACCUGCAAAGUGUGCAUGCAGAGCUAUGAGAGCACGCCGGUUCUCCUGGAGCACCUCAAGAGCCACUCGGGGAAGUCCUCGGGCGGCGCCAAGGAGAAGAAACACCCGUGCGACCACUGUGACCGUCGCUUCUACACCAGGAAGGACGUGAGGCGGCACAUGGUGGUGCACACGGGCCGAAAGGACUUCCUGUGCCAGUACUGUGCCCAGCGCUUCGGCAGGAAAGACCAUCUGACGCGUCACGUGAAGAAGAGUCAUUCGCAGGAGCUGCUGAAGAUCAAGACGGAGCCUCCGGAUAUGUUGGGUCUGUUAGCCUCGGGGUCUCCUCCCUGCUCCGUGAAGGAGGAGCUCAGCCCCAUGAUGUGUGGCAUGGGGCCCAACAAAGACCCCAUGAUGGGGAAACCCUUCCCCAGUGGAGCCCCCUUCCCGAUGGGCAUGUACAACCCCCACCAUCUCCAGGCCAUGUCUAAUUCUGGGGUGGGUCACUCACACCCGUCCCUGAUGCCUGGUUCCUUGUCUGCAGCUAUGGGCAUGGGCUGUCACAUGGAGUCUCCUGCAUCUCUUCACCCACACUCCCACCACCACCACCAUCACCACCACCACCACCACCACCACCAUUCCCCUCCACUGCCCCCACACCACCAGCCUCCGGCUCCCCAGCAGCAGCACCAGCCCCAGCCAGCCCCCAAAUACCAGCUGGGAUCUACCUCAUACCUGCUGGAAAAGCCCUUGAAAGUCGAGAUGGAGAGCUUCCUCAUGGAUCUGCAGAGCGGCUUGCCAGGCCCGGUUCCCUCUGUGGAGCCCCACACUGCUGCCUCGCCCCCCAAGGACGGACUGGAGCCCACCUCGGGCCUGGCAGAUGAGCUCUGCGGGGAUCCCCUCCUGUCCAAGAGCCCUGUGGUGAUCGCUGAGUCUCUGUGUGCUGCUAACAUGGACUUCUCCCACCUGCUGGGGUUCCUGCCCCUCAACCUCCCUUCCUACAGCGCCCCCAUGAGCACGGGAGGACUGGUCAUGGGCUACACCUCAUCCGCGGCCUCCUCCUCUUCUUCCUCCUCCUCUUCCUCAUCUCUGCACGCUGCCGAGCCUCACGCCGCAGCAGUCGCCGCAGCAGCAGCUGCCGUCGCCACGGCACCUCUUACCUCUUUGCAACCGCAACCUCAGGAGCAGCAGAGCUCCAGCGGGGGUCUGGGCCUGGGACCCCUGCACCCCCUCCCACCAGUGUUCAGCUCCAGCCUUAGUACCACCACACUGCCUCGCUUCCACCAGGCCUUCCAGUGAGCCGCCACUGCCCAGCCAACACGGCCUCCACAGCAGCCCGGCUCAGCUAAUGGAUGCUUUGGGUUGUGGCUCUUUACAGGAGCCUGAUGAAAAAAAGUUGGAGAAUUAGAGUAAACAAAUAAAUAUAAUUGAACACUUAGAAGCCUUAAAUGAAAGUGCGCACAAAAGCUUUUGAUUGAGCCUUAAAAGGAAGUUAAACCCCUUUGAGCAAAACGGAAAAGGUGAGAAAAGAAGUUUAAGCAGCUUUUAUUUGGGCUUUUUUUCUCCUUAUCCUAUAGUUUUAACGAUGUAUUAACCCAUGUUUUUUUUUAUUUCCAUUUACUUCCCCCUUUAUCUCUCCUCUCCCAUCCCCUAUUUAGUAGCAUAGAGGGCAGGAUCAGUAGGCCAGAAGGCAUGGUACUGCAUAAGUAAUAAUGUAAAGAAAAAAGAAAAAGGAAAAAAAAUCAAAGAUAAUUUUUAGUGAAGAUUAUCUGUCUUGUUGUGACCCACAGAAAAAAACAUAGUUUGAAGUGGAUUAUUUUGUUUUACUUUGUUUUUUCUUUUCCAAAUGUAAGAACCUGGUAGAAUGUGUCUCAUCUCGAUAUUUCGAACCACCCACGCUAACAACCUAAAGUGUCGCGUUUCGUACGGAGAGGAGAGAGAUCAGUGAAGGAACGAAGAGAUGAACAUGAAAUCUAAAAUUCUCUACAAGAUGGCCGACGUAGAGCCACAAACCCCUGCCUCGUAAAAAAACAGUGCUCUUUAAUCAAGAAAAAUUAUAUAUAUGUUUAGCUGACAUGCUCCUAGAGUCGGGUCAGUUGGAUUUAAAAUGGCUCAAUAAAUGAAAAACAGGCUCUUAUCGUGUGAUUUGAUAACCUGUCUGCUGCCAAACACACACAUUUUUAAAGAAAAGCAAAAAGAAAUGUGAAAAAGUGUACUUCACGCUUUUUUUUUUACUGUUCCUCAAGAGAAGCACUUUUUUUGUGUUUGUUUUAGCAGAAGGCACUUCACCUUUUGUCUUCCUCGCUCUUCUUCCUUCACCCGUCUUCCUCCCAACAGUUACCUUUAGAAGUUCUGACGUAUCUAUGAAAAUAUCUAUAUAUAUUUUUUGGGGGAGGGGGGAAAUAUAAUUCAAAAACACAUCUUUGCGCAGUCUUUUUUCUUUCGUUCUUUGCGCAUCGUCAUCAUGGUGAUGAUGAACCCUGACAUAUGUGAAUGGCAAAAAAAGAACAAAAAAGAACAAAAGAAUUACAGAGACAGAUGAGGAAAAAAAUGUGUUAAAGAAUGUUAUUGCAGUGUACGAAAUAUCUCAAAAAUGAAUAUAUAAUUGCUUUUAUCUCAGUAAGAUGUAUUUUUUUAGGUAGACGUAUUAAAACUAUGAUGUUUUUUUGAUGUCUGGCAGGUUUACAUUUGUGUGUAUCUUGCAAAUUUUUUUUUCUUUUUGUUGAUCAAACAAAUGGAUGAAGUAUUAGCUUUUCCCCUGAGCUUUCUCUCGUCAUAUCCAAUCUUUGCCUUUUACACGUACUUGAGUUAGUGUAGUGGAAUCAGAACUGUGGAUGGGAAAUAUUUAUAGAAGGCUGUUAGUGGCGUACUAAUCGAUUAGGAUUUGAAUUAGGUAGAUUGUGUCAUUGGGAUGCUGACAUGGAUGGACGAUGAAUCUCUGACUCUGGGUAUAUAAAUGUGUAUACUACAGUUCAAAAGUUUGGGGUCACUUAGAAAUGUCCUUACUUUUGAAAGAAAAACUUUUUUUUCAGUGAAGAUAACAUUAAAUGAAUCAGAAAUCCAGUGUAGACAUUGUUAAUGUGGUAAAUGACUAUUCUAGCUGGAAAUGGCUGAUUUUUAAUGGAAUAUCUCCAUAGGGGUACAGAGGAACAUUUCCAGCAACCAUCACUCCUGUGUUCUAAUGCUACAUUGUGUUAGCUAAUGGUGCUGAAAGGCUCACUGAUGAUUAGAAAACCCUUGUUCAAUUAUGUUAGCACAUGAAUAAAAGUGUGAGUUUUCAUAGAAAUCAUAAAAUUGCCUGGAUGACCCCAAACUUUUGAAUGGUACUGUUUAUAUAAAUAUAUAGAUAUGCACUAAGUUGCCAGUUUAUUAGCAACACCAAAAUGCCUAAAUGUUAAGUUUUUUUUGAAACACCUUAAGGGAGAUGCAGAUUCAACUGCAUGACAAUUUUCAUAUUUAGUUGCAGUCUAACCUCACGGAUUGAAACGAGGUGGUCAAAAUAAUAGAAACAUACGCCGAACAGUAGAAACCGCAGCUGAAUCUACAGAUUUCUCAACUUGAUUGAACAAAAACCUAACAUUCUAACUUCCAUUAGGCUGAGAUUUAUUGCAGAACUGGUGCAUUAGUAUUCGCUUUAGCUCGCUGUUUCUAAUCAACUGGCUUCCGAGUGUAUAUAACCCUAGUGUAGUGACAACAUCCUGUCCGAUUUUCACUCUGAGCUCUGCAGUUCUGAACGUCUCAGAGUUUUAACCCUUCACCACCAGCCUAUAAAGACCUGAGCCCAAAGUUAACCUAAGCCUCAAAAAUCAGACAGGUGCUUCUAGUCUUAAAGGACGAUCCUGAAGGUUCAUUUCAACCGCAGGAUUUAAAAUUUAUGCGUCUGUUGUGUCUUUGUGGUUCAUGCUGACAUUAUACUUUCCACCAAUGCUGUAGAGAUUCAGGGACUGAAACUUCCUGUAGCCUUUUUCUUUUUUUGCAAACAGGAUUAGUUGUUUGAAGGGAAACACAGAAAUUAGCCACCUGGAUUGGCAAUUUUGCAAACAUAAUUCGAUUCCAGUCACCUUUAUACAUGUGGACAUGCUUGUUUGGAGGCUGUAAAUAGCUUUAGCAUGUGUUUGCUAAAGAGUUUGCAGAAAAAAAAAGACUUUUAUCUUCUUGUAACAGCUUUUACCAACUGUUUAAGGAACUGAGUGUUUAGUCCGGCCACUGUUGGAUGUGGUGGAGGUGAAACAGCAUCUCCAGGAUGUUUAUCAAAGCUACAGAUUCAUUAGCUGUUGUUCUACAGCUGUUAGAUUUUCCAGAGUUCCAAUUAUAGGGUCCCACACUUUGCAGUGUAGCUUCCUGGUCAGUUUUCCGUCACGUUGUUCUGCCUCCAUCCUAAGUUUUGAGAGCUAAGAGUUAAAUCCGGCUGCUGUUGGAUGUUGUGGAGGUGAAAAAGCAUCUCCAUGUUUGUCAAAGCUGCAGAUUCAUUCGUUUUAGUUCUACAGCUGUUAGAUUUUUCAGAUUUAACAUUUUAAGGUGACACUUGCUGCAGAUGUAGGUUUCUUGUCAGUUUUCAUGACGUUUUUCUACCUCCAUCCACUGAGUUUCAAGAGCUGAGAGUUAAAUCCGGCUGCUGUUGGAUGUUUUGGAGGUGAAAAAGCAUCUCCAUGAAAAUGCAUUGUCCAGGUUUACCAUUUAGAGGUCCCAGCAGAUUUAAUUUUCUCGUCAGUUUCCAUGACAUUUUUGUCUAUCUUCUGAGUUUCAUCUUCCAUUUUCUUCUAUUAGCUCAUCAUCUGUGCACAACCGAACAUCACACUGAUAGGACUUGUUGUCUUGCUUUUAACUGGGUGAUGCUUCAUUGCAUUUAGCCGUUAAGUCUCCAGAACGUUGGCAGGCUGAGCAGGUUUCUGAUCAAGAUCUGGAAAACUUCAAUUUCUAACUGCUAAUUCCUGUGUUUCCUUGAUGAAACAUGUAAAAACCUGCUUUUUUUGAAAGGUAAGGUUGCGUUUACUGCUCAGAUACUCGACAUUCUGCCUUGCCUCGAUGUAUGUGUGGAGCCGAGUUGUAGAGUGCAAAGUUAGCAUGAUCCAUAGAAGCACAACAGACACAUCGAUGGUGAAUACAGGUUGAAAUGAGCCUUAAUUAUCCUUUAAUGUUCUGUCUGACCAACACUGACAAAUCCGCACAUUCAUCACACAUUUUUAUCUAGCUCGCUUUGUGUGGACGUCUUGUUCCGGUGGUAGAAAAAGACUUUAGUCGAGCUCCACCCAGCACAAAGUCAAAAACAAAGAAAGAAAAAACUGAAAAAACAAAAAAACAGGAAAAAGAUAGCACAUAAAAAUGAAAAGUAAAACACAUAUUGCUGCUUGUAGCUACGGUUGCUGAUGGACGACAACUGUAGACCACUAGAACAUUUCAAAAUUUUAUUUUUUUUCGUUGUUGUUUUGCAAGAUGGACAGCAAGCUGAAACAUGCACAAACCGAACCGACAAAGUGUUCAUCUGGCCCCCUCUGUACUCCUCCACAACCUCCUCCUCUUUCAGCUGCUUCGUAGAGUCAAAGGAAAAGGGUCUGAAAAAUGUGGCGACGGCCGGACGAAUGCGCUCGCCGAACCCCUGCUGCUUUGACAUUCAAAGCUUCGCUGGGGUGGGACACAUGGAGCGACCGCACGACUCCUGGCGUCGCCCUCUAGUCAUAUAUUUGUUUUGUUUGUUGUCAUAUGAUUUAUAUUAUUUUCUGUUUGUAUAAAACAGGACCUCGAAAAAAACAACACAACACAUCACCUCAUUUUUUUCUUUUUUUUUUUUGUUUAUUUUUCUUACCAAAACCUCGGGAGAAGAAAUUUUUGCACAAUUGCUUGUUACAAAAUGCUACGAGUGUUAUCCGAUAUUUUUUUCUUUCUUUUCUUUGUUUUUUUUUUUUAUACUGUAGGAUUUGAACCCCUGACGAUGAGCAGCUGAUGUGAUAAAAAAAACCCUUAAAAAAAAGCAAAAAAAUAAAUCCAAAUCGGAAGGCAGAAGCAGUUGAACAUUCAGAAUCAGCCGGCAUUGUUGCAGAAAAGCUUCCCCACGCAGUCUGACUGUUUGACUUCAUCACUAGAAGGUUUAAAACUGAUUUGAAGCUUAUUUUCACACUCAUCAUUAUUAGUCUUCCACCCAGAAGGUCAUUAUUUUGUAGUGACUUUAUAAAAACGAUCAAACUUCUGAUUGAUCCUAAAAGCUAUUGGCACCUUUUUUGAGACUUUAUAAUAAAAUAAAAUUUAAAAAAGGGCAAGAUUCAAAUUUGAUCUUUAUUAUGAGCUUAUAAAAGGUUGUUUUUUAAGAAAAACCCUCUUGGCUUAAGCCAAAAUUUGUAGCAAUCAAAAUGAGCGUUUACAUUUUUGUAACAAAUAUUCAUUAAGUCCUAAAAAAAAAAGGAAUAAAAAUGAAAGUGUAGGAAAAGCUUUUGGCAUGCAUUAAGUUUGUCCUCCCUGGGUUUCUGUGAGCUAAUCUGAAUUCUAGCACUUUCAACCUUUAAAAAGAGUAUUUUUUUCUUUAAAAAAAUUUCAGCUUAUAUGUUCAUAUGUUUUUAAUUUUGUAUUGAUCCUGUAUAUGUAUGUGCCAUUAGAUUGAUGUGUAGACUUUAUCAACCUUUGUGUAUUUCUCUGCUCCAAAAGAAUAACAGUAUUUUUGAUAUACUUUUCACUAAUAUCCUCCUACAUAAGAGCCCCCUGCCCCUGUUUUCCUUUCAGAGUUUUUUUUUCUGUGUGUGUUUGGGAAACCAGCUUUGCCUUUUUCCUCUCAUAAAUUUAAUCAAACUCUACGGCCGCGAAGAGAACGGCAGCAACCGAGCUGUUUUUCUUUUUCUUUCUUUUUUUUUUUCGGAGGCGGUAACAAACUUGACCGUUGUCAGCAGCCGCAAACCCGACCACAGCUGAGGGCCUGUUGCGACAGAGACCCAUCUGCAGGCCGUUUUUAGACCACGUAACUGAACAAAAAUGAAGUCCGGGGCAACCCCAAAAAUAUAGCACUUAGAGCUUCCAGCCGUGGUCACAGGGCACGUUUGGUUUCUGCCAGAAGGAACAACUCCAUCCUGUUAACGUGUAAGAAUAGUGCCGAGCUGCUGCAACAACCGUCGUUUAAUCCGAACGUGGCUUCGAAUCGAUGUCGCUGAGCUAAAUGUCAAGAAGCUGCAAAAAAGAGGCAGUUUUUAAAGGAAUGUGGUCGGGUUCCACUUGUGAAAACCCAUUUAUGCUAAAGGCAUAAAUGAUUUGUUGCAUCAAAAUUAUGAGGCACUAAGUCAGACAAAAUGGGAUUAACAUAACAGAAUCAGGCAGGAAAUCACAUAGUUCUUGUACUUGCUAGUAGUUUACAUGAUUCUAGAUUGGAUUAUAUGCUUUGUGACAUUACAGCAUUUGCUCUGUAAAAGAACUGGACAAACAGAACAUAAAUGUGCAUUUUUUUUACCCUUAAAUCUCUUUAAACUUUCAGAAUUUGCCUGAGAAACUUCAGAUUUUUAAACUUUUCUUCAGUAUCGCAGUGAUUCAGUGACCUGUAUGUGCAUUGGUGCAUUAAAAUAGAAUCAGACUGUAUUUUAAAACCCAGUUAUGCUAAAAAAAAAAAAAAAACACAGCAUCCGGCAAAAGAAAAAAAAUGAAAAUUGAUUUGUUGCAUCAAAAUUAUGAGGCAGUAAGUCAAACAAAAUAGGAUUAACGUAACAGAAUCAGGCUAGAAAUCACACAUUUGUGGUAGUUUACAUGAUUCUAGGUUAGAUUAUAAGCUUUGUGACAUUACAGCAUCUGCUCUGUAAAACAUCUCAACUAGCAGAAAGAAAGUUUGCAUCAUUUUUUAACCAUACACCUCCUUAAACUUUCAGAAUUUGCCUGAGAAACCUAAUUUUUUAAACUUUCUUCAGUGACCUGUACAUCCAUUGGUGCAUUAAAAUAGAAUCAAAUUGCAUAUUUCUGAUCUCACCUGUUUGACUUAUUCUAUACAAAUACAGGUUAAUAACUGGACUCAUGAAUGCAGCUCACAUUAGAACAGAGCGCUGGAAAAUUGGUUCCCAUUUUUACAUGAAAGUUAAAUUUCACUCUGCAGGAACAAACUGAAGCAACUUGGUUUAAAAUGUAUUAAAUAGAACUACAAAGAACAACGGGUUUGCAGGAAAAUGAGGUAAUUUUACAUGUAAUUCGAACCUGAAAGCCGGUGAAAAUUUACUUUAAAAAGCUCCAGACUGGAUUAAAAUCACUGUCACAGGUUAUAUUAAGAUCAGCCCACCUCCUCUAGAGAUGUAAAUCCUCUCUAAAUUAUCAAUUGUUUCUGCUUUAGUGGACAAAUCAAUGGCAAAGCUUGAUUUAUGUAAUCAAUAUGAGCCCAAAAAUCAAUGUUUUCCUUUUUUUUUAACAAGGCAUUUGAAAAUGUCACACUAAAUGUCUCCACCUGUGUGUAAAGAUGAAAAAAUUUCAGGAAAAAGAGGAAUUACUGUGAUGCCACAGAUGUAGGAAUUUGCACUGUUGGCUGUUGAGCCUAUUUUUUAACAAAAAACAUGUUCGUUCUCCAAAAAAAAUCUACACCAAAUUCACUGUGACCAAUUCUUUAUUGCCGUGCCUCACAUCAUGAUGCCUCCACCGCCAUGCUUCACAGUGGGGAUGGAAAGCCAAAAAUAAAUUCCCUACAAUUCAAUGUUAAAAACCAAUGAAAGGGAAGAUCUCACAAAUUGAAUGAAUACUUUUUAUAAGACUGUACCCACUCAUGUGUCCGUCCCUCCCAGACAACUUUCACUGAAUUACUUAAACACUGAAGAAAACCUAAAAACACAAGAAUUCUAAGGCAAAUUCUGAAGUUUUCCAGUUACUGCUUCAUCGGUUUAUUGAACAUUAUCUAGAAACUGUGAGCUAAAUUCUGAAAUUAAGUCUCCGGUUUUUGUUUUCUAUGUCGAUGCUAUAUAUUUUACUUACUAAUAAUCGCAACUAGAAAAUGUAAAUCUUGACUCGGGUGGUCAAAUUACCACAAACUUCACUCAGUAAUUCAAAUUUAAUUUCUAGUAUUUUCUCAUUCUGACUCACUUUGUCAGAACUUACGAAUUCGGAUAUUUAUAGCGUCAUAAUUUAGACUUUCAGAAAAGAACGUGUUACUGUUUGCAUGCUAGUGUCUCAUAAUUAGUAUUUUUGCGAUGUUUUUUGGCACAAAUGGGCCUCCGAAGUAAAAGCUGACGUUAAAUCAGUCCGAUCGCUGACCUCCGACGGCGACGUUGCUGUUUUCCUUCCUCUCGGCUGUAGCUCCAUUACCUCGACCUGCACCUACUAGGGAUGCACUUAUCCUCACCUUUUCCUCUUUACUAGUAGGUGCAGAACUCACACACGUAUUUUUAAGGGAAUUUAUUCAUCAGUUUAAACCUGAGAAAAGCUGAUUUGAUUUGAAUAAUGCUCUCUUUUUCUCGCUUUCAUCGCCCUUCUUUUUUUUUUGUUUCGCUUUUAGUAAGAAAAUAAAAACCCUGGGUACUGUCUGGUGAAGGCAACAUCCACAUGUAGUUUUAUAUAUUUCUAGCUUAAUGUAAGUCUUGCAUUCCAACCUCUUUGUGUAUCUUGUUUAGUGACAUAGCCCAUUUUGUUAUCACUUGCUAUUUUACAGCCACCUCUGGAUUAAACAAGGUGAAAAACAAAAAAAAGGUGAACGAAAAACAGACUGUUUGCAUCUUUCACUCACACUAUGUUAUAUAGCUCGGAGUUUAUCGACUACAGGGAGAGUUCUAUAAAUGAUGUGCUUCGGAGAAAGAAAGACGAUGAGAAGUCUUGCUUCUUUUUUUUUGUUACAUAUCUCACAUGCAAUCAGUUGCUGCAAUGUUAAAGUGACAGAUUUGUAUAUUGGUUGAUCCAAAGAGAUGAUGAACACAACAGAACUAUUGACUUAUUGUACAGUAUAGUGUAUCUUGAGCUGUCAUGUGUUAUGUUGAAAUGAUUAAAAGACAAACCAGCAGUUUCAUA